ACGGGGCCGAUUAUAUCAUCGAUGCCCAAAAUCGGCGGAAUGCCGAAGCAUUCCGCCAUCGGCGUGGAGGAACGACGGAAGACUUCAAUUGAGCUUGCGAUACGAAAUAUCAUCAAUCAGCAGCUAGUACAACACGCCGCCAAGAUGAAUAUACCGUCCUCUUCCCUCCAUACUCCAUUCCGUCGCUCCGCGAUCCCAUGCAUCCGUCAAACACAACGGUCAACCCGCAUACCGUUCCGCCAUUCCCAGCAACAGCAGCGUCGCCAUGUAUCCGCAGGGGGCCCAAGCCCCGUGGCACGGUUUACCGUGAACCCCCAACGCAGAGCUGGCGCUCAGGACCCCACGAACCCUGUCCAACGAUAUCACCGCAGCAUUGCCCUAUGUGCUGCGGGCAUUGUCGCCUCUGCAAUUGGCAUGUAUGCUAUCAUUAAUACAUCAGGAUUGGAGAAGAAUGCUCAGAGCGAUAAAAAGGACGGACAAUCGUCAUCUUCAUCAGAUAGAGGCUAUGACAGAGGCAAGAUUAUCAAACUUGAAGGUCCACCCGGCCUAGGAGACAACCAAACAACGACAAUAAUCGACGGCAUAGAGCAAAUUCCCACGGAGAAUUCCACAAUUCCUACUUUCCCCAAAACCAUCAGACUCCCUGUCGAUGCCCCUCAGGCCCUGCCCUCGGGUGGACGAGCAGGCGAUGAUUUCCCUCCUAACACCAAGACGGAAGAAUACACCUUACUCGGCCUAGGCAUCCGCUCCGUCUCCUUCCUCAGCAUCCAAGUCUACGUCGUGGGUCUCUACAUCGCCAACUCAGACAUCGCAGCUCUACAACAGCAUCUCAUCAAACAAGCCGCGACGCCCGUAACUUCCUCUGCAGUCAAUGGAAACGCCGUGGUGGCCACUUCACUCGUUCCCGGCGAGCGGGAGGCGCUAAAACAGAUGCUAUUAGACCCGGAGCAGGGACAGGAGGUCUGGAACGACAUCCUCAGAGACACCGGGGUCCGCACCGCGCUACGCAUUGUGCCUACGAGAAAUACGGAUUUACUACAUCUGAGGGAUGGAUGGGUACGUGCAAUCACGGCGCAGGCGCAGAGUGCAAAUGCACGGGCGCAGGAUGUUGCAGCGAAGCAAGGCUCGGCGAUACCAGCCGGUGCUGUGGUGACUUCUGAGUUUGAGGAUGAUAGCUUUGGUACCUCGCUUAAUGACUUUAAGUCGCUGUUUGGUGGCGGGGCAAGGAAGAAUGUGCCCAAAGGCCAGAUUCUGUAUCUGCUUCGGAAUAAAGUUGGGGGCCUGGAGACGAUGCUCGAUCCUGAGAAUGGGAAGCCGAUGGUUUGGCUGGGCUCGAUGCAGGAUGAGCGGGUAAGCCGGUUGUUGUGGAUGGCGUAUCUGGCCGGGAAGAAAGUGGCUAGCGAGGGGGCAAGGAAUAGUGUGGUUGAUGGUGUCAUGGGGAUUGUAGGGAGGCCGGUCGGGACUGUCGAGCAAAGGGUUGCAUGAUGGAUGGUAUGAUUAAGUGCGAGCUGUAACAAUAGUAGAUUUGUUUGUGCUAUUCCUGUCUACUAUUAUGUAGAUUUGGAUUAAAAUUCGGCAUUCCUUCUUGCCAAAAAUUUUUUUGGUUAAGAACAGUGUAUUAUAGUUAGUUAUUUCUUGUUGAUAUUUUUUGAACCUCUGUACCACUGUAAAAAUUAGACGAUCUUUGCUAGCUAGAUGCAAUUACUAUUCUACUUAUCUGCAGAAUGCCUAUUGAGAUUUGUCUUAUCUCUUUUCAUUAAUUACAGUCAUAGCAGCUCAAGGUAUUUACAAAAACCAGAGCAAAAACAAAUCCCCGAAUUAACUGAGUUCCAUAUCAAAACGUAAAAGCUAGCAAGGACAAAAAAAAAAAAAAGAAAAGAAAACCAUCCAGCCGCCUACCAUCAAUCUAUACGGCCCCCUGGAAACCUCGCAUUAUCCACCUACUCUACAGCGGCAUUUCUCUCUCUACCUUCGAAGAAAAUCACGCCUUGGAAGCUUUGGCAGCGGCCCCAGCGCUCACGAGAGCCGACAAUUCACUCUUGCGGGCCUGAAUAUCAGAGUUGCCGCCAAUAUGCUUUUGAGCGAUGAAGAUGUUGGGCACGGUGCGCUGGUGGGUGAGGGCUGCCAGGGCAUCUUGAAUGGCAGCGCCGUCAUCUGGUUUGUAUAAUUUAGGUGUUAACAUAGUGAUCGCUUCUUUUCUUCUUUUCUUUUAUUGAUUGUCGAUUGUAAGAUAGGAAGGAAAGGGCUAGCUAGCUAAUUGUAGGACGCAGGGGGUAGUAUAGGGGUGAGAGCGGGAAGUAUUGAAGAGUACGAACCGAUUUCAUCCAAUUCAAGGGCGUAAUACGGGAUGCCUAGUUCGUUCAGAAGGGACUUGGUGGCACUGCUGUAGGGGCAGUAGGAUUUCGAGAAGACGACUGUUUAUUUGUUUUAUUUUAUUUUUUAUUUUAUUUUUCGAUAUUAGCCAUUUGACUCUGCAGUAGAUUAUAUAAGUGAUAUAUCACAUAGGAGCGUGAAAAUAAGAGGAAUUGGUGUUCAUAUAACUAUCCCUAUAGGAGCUAGGAGGGCACAAGCAGAUUUAUAUAGACAUACCGACGUUGUUUUGGGCAAUAAUGUGCUCAACCUUGGACUUUGCAGCAGACAUAGUUGCGGGAUUUGGGCCGGCGAGAGACCCGAGAAAGCGGCGGAAAAUGGACGCUAUGUUGGGCAAUUGGAUGAAGGCCCACGAGCCUUCGUUACUUGCGAUGAAAGGAGAAUAAUAAAG